GCUCACCUUGGCUCACACCCGCAGCCUACAAGGAGAAGAUGAAGGAGCUGUCUGUGCUGUCGCUCAUCUGCUCCUGCUUCUACUCGCAGCCGCACCCCAAGACCAUCUACCAGUAUGGGGACAUGGAGGUGAAGCAUCUGGACAAACGGGCCUCUGGACAGAGCUUCGAGGUUAUCCUCAAGUCCCCUUCUGACCUGUCCCCAGAGAGCCCUGUGCUCUCCUCCCCACCCAAGAGGAAGGACGCCUCCCUGGAGGAGCUGCAGAAGCGGCUGGAGGCAGCGGAGGAGCGGAGGAAGACGCAGGAGGCGCAGGUGCUGAAGCAGCUGGCGGAGCGGCGAGAGCACGAGCGCGAGGUGCUGCACAAGGCGCUGGAAGGGAGCAGCAAUUUCAGCCGCUUGGCGGAGGAGAAGCUCAACCACAAGAUGGAGCUCAGCAGGGAGAUCCGCGAGGCGCACCUGGCGGCGCUGCGCGAGCGGCUGCGCGAGAAGGAGCUGCACGCGGCCGAGGUGCGCAGGAACAAGGAGCAGCGGGAGGAGAUGUCCGGCUGAGGGGCUGUGGACAUGGCGCACCCGGAUCCCAGGCGCGAGCUCAUUCGGGUUUUGGUUUUGUCUGUUCUGCUCUGUCUAGAUACAGCUUCGUUCCCGCCCCGCCCCUCUCCCGCUCCCCCAGCUUCACGCUUUCCUUCCGCACUCUGAGCUGUCCAGCCCCUGUGGCGGGUCAUUGACUGAGGUCUUUUCCUGGCCGGGUCCCGGGACUGUCGGUCCCUCAGUUCAAACACCAGGAGGAUGUGGUGGUGACCUUAAUAAACCCAGCAGCGGUGGCACCUUGUCUGCACCUUGUCCCCACGUCCUCUGAACCAGCUCCCUGCAGCCAGCAGGCAAAGGCAACAGCACCUGCCUUUUCGUGAGGAGGGGGCUGGGGGGAGUGAAGGAGAAAUAACUGGGUGGAGGAGGAUCACUGGGCGUUGGGGGGGGGCAAAGUCCCUGUAACUGUGGCAAGCCCUGGGAUACUGUGUGUGCAGCAGAGUUUUUUGGAACUGGCGGGUGGACAGGGGCUGCAGCACUCUUUAAUGCAGUUGCACAGGCGUCCUCUGAGAUCACCUUGUCUGAGGUGGGCACCCUGGGCCUGCCUGAGCCUGCUGGGAGUGGGCAUUCUCCACCAGGGACCCGUGAGCAGGCUGCGGAGGUGAGAGGGUUCUGCGCAGCUUGGACAGCUGCUGCCGCCUCUCCCGGCUCAGCGCUUUGCACAUGCCUGGAAGGACCCUGUCGGGUAGAGCCCUCUGGAAUAUUGGCCACUCCCAUGCCCUCUCUAGUAGAACAAACCUGCUGGCUACUGGGCUUUCAGGCCAGCCCCCAGGCAGGUGUCGCCAGGUGUGAGUGGGUGGCAGGCACAAGUCCUCCUGGGGAGCCCCAAGGGGGUAUUCCACGGGACCAGCUGCCUGCAGAUUCAGAUGUUGGAAGGACAGGAAACUGGGUUCUCAAGCUGGCCCCCACCCCACCUCCCACCUGAUCCAUUGGUGGAACUCCUUGCUAGAGGGGCCUGGGGGUGGGAGGCCUGGCUCUAGAUCUCUCCUGCCGGCAACCCUCUAGGCUGGGUCCCUUCCCCUCCCUCAGCCCUGAGUGUCUCCAGAGCCCCAGUGCCACCCUUUGAGGAUGGUCACCUGCCUGGAAAUGGGAGGGGCCCUGUCUUUUUGCCACCUCAGCAUCCGCCACUUUUCUCUAGGGCAGCCCCACCCCACAGCUGAGUGCGGGGGCAGGGUCCCUGCUGACUGUGUACUUGGUGUAAUGUGUGAGCAGGGCAGAUUCCAGGUUCUCUCAUGAUCCAGAGCCAGGUCCCCAAAACCAGGUGGCUGCAGCCCCCCAUGCCCUCAGCUUCUGUCCUGCAGAAUGCCCAUGGAGGGGCACUGCCAGUGGUCCAACAGGGCAAGCUAAGAGUGUGGGUGGAUGCUGAUCCUCUGUAGUGGGUGCAGGGGAAGUAGGAGCCACUGUCCUCUCUCUUGGUCCCCGCCAAGACAGCCUCCAGAGGGAGCAACAAGCCAGAAUGGAACCCAGCGGUGCCCACAUGUGACUUUUGUGGGACUCAGAAAGGAAAGCAGAAAGCGAGCUGCUGGUCAGACUCCUCAAGGCUAGCAGCUCUCCCCUAGCAGCAGCCUAGUGAAACAUGCACCCACCUCGUCCUCGUAGUCAGUGAGCUUAAAAAUUAAACCAAAUGAACAAUUAAAGAAAAAAAUGUGUGUUUAAGA